AUGAUGGAAUACGGAAGAACGCGCAAAGGGCCGCUGCCUGGAGGUCGCCAGGGCGCGUCUGGAGCUGGCGCUGGACGCGGCAGCAUGCGAACCGCCAGCCGAGCGCGAGGUGCUGCACGACCACCCAGCAGCCCCUCGCAUCCAUCAUCCCCACCAGCUGGCUUGGUGUCGGCAGGGUCUUCGCGGGCCCAGCAAUCGGCACCCGCCUCUGGUGGAGUACGCCGCAUGCGUUGGACAACCCAGAUGAACAGCAACGCAUUGCGGGCGUAUUUUAGGGCGAAAGGGGGAGAAACUGGAUGUUUGGCGUAUCGGGCUGGGAUGCAUCGUCUUUUUGCUGAGCUGGAGCUAUCUUUAACCGUCACAGAGCAAAACCUGGCAGACCGAGUUCGGUAUAUCUUGCGAUCAAAUAUAUUUGAUGUCGCCGAACUCGAACGGCUACGACGUGAGGCUGUUCCCUCGUCGGAUGAGAAUGCUACGGCUGAGGAUGCGGCGCCACAAAUGGUAGAGCAACUCGCAAACGUGGAUGCCGCCGUGAAUACCCCAGUUGUGGUUGAUUCAAAUGAUGAUGGAACAGUCGCCCAGGAACUGGAAUUAGAGCAUAUGAGGAGUACAUUGGAAGAGGCGAUUGUGGAAACGCGCAGUACGCCUCUCGAAUAUCGACCGCGACUUCCCCGCAUAGCCCUAAGCAAGCGGAAUCGGGCUGUCGUGAGGGCUCUGAACCCAAUGCUGGUGACCUAUUUGGAAGCCAGCCGGGAUCUCCUUUGCGAGAUGGACUCAAUUCUUUUUGGCGCCGCGCUGGCAGUCUGCCGUAUCAUAGGCGCCAAGGUUUCCACGGCUGGACGCGCUACUGGCCAUAGUAGCGCUAUCCCAGCAUGUAGAAGAAGAAUUGAGGAACGUAUCGCAAAGGCUAGAGCUCUCAUCGGCAGACUGAUAUGCUUCAGAUCAGGCAACAACAGGCCAAGAAUUGUGCGCACCGUCAGGAUGGCGUUUGCUGGGACAAAUGUCAGUUUGUCCAGAAGCAGAGCAGAGAAUCGCUGCUUGGGGAAAGCGGAUUCGGCGAUAUACCGAGAGGUCGACACGGUUCAACCAGAAUCGUCUCUUCCAGAGUGA